AUGCCUUCAAAAGUGAGAACGAUCUUCCACGUCGACCCCACCACAGACGUUUGUUCACCAUACACUAUUUUCUCUACCCUGACUGCAGCUCAUGCCACUACUAUAGCCGCCCGCUGGCGCAGGAAAACGAUAGCCCUUCGCACCAAAUGCCUUUCUCGUGCAUGGGCCGCCGCGAAUGGCUCUGUAAACAAAACAAUUCUUGAGCGCCGUCCGAGACUGAGUGAUGCAAUACUCAAGGAUAGGCCGAUCUCAGAGUUGAUAAUGGACGAGCUUUUGUAUGCUUGUAUCAACUUAGAGCAGCUAGCCACCAAUCCCGCGACAAUAUUGAACUUUGUUUGUUCACGCGCAGUGUGUCAUCCGAGUGCAUUUGGGAGAGAGGAUUAUAGAUGCAUUGUAAGGCCUAUAUUGGAAUUAUUUGGUGUGGUUAACGGGAACCGUCGGAAGAAGGGAAAGGUGGAGGUUGUCGUUAUCAUGGGUGACGAGACCGAAUAUGGGGUUUUGAAGACAUAUGCCGAAGAGUCGAGGGAGUAUACUGAGGGUGUCAGGAAGAUGUUAAUUGCCCCUGUGGAGGUUGCUGGGGUGUAUCUGAUGAGAUGGCAGAAGACUAUUUUAGAAUUCUGUCUUGCACUUGUCAAAGAUAUAAUUUCCCCUAUCGAUCCCAAGAAAGACCCUCCCAUCACUACAACUUCGGCCACUAGUACAACAUCGAAGCUCCUCGAAAAUGUACCUAACUACUCUCUCGUUGAGGGGGGCUUUGAUUCGUACUCUGCCUCCAUACUCCUUAGACCCUACACGCUCCCACCUAUCACCAGUAUUGCAGAUGCGUACUACCUUGCCGUCUCUCACCUCCGCGCCGCUGAAGACCAUUUGGGUCUCCUGCACACAAACUCAAACUAUUUUAUCGCUCAUGUUACAGAUCAGCUCACCCAUAAGCUAGAGAACACACCGGCGAGGUCGCCUCUCGCUAUCCACGACGCUCUCCAUCAGGUCCUAUACAAUGCUAAUGCUUUAUCUCUCAUCUGGGGUCAGGUUUGCCUUGCCCUUGAAGAUGCUGGGAUAGAUAACGAGUCCAACGCUGAGCUUGCCAACACUAUCAACCCCCUUCUCGCCUUCCUCGAAGGCCUUGCAAGGUCCGCACUUAAACUCCACUUUCUCACCGCCAGAGAAAGCAAGACCGAGAAUGCAGUUAAUCACCUUCUAAUAAUUGCAGUAGAGAUCGAGCAUCUUCUCGCGGACACCCCGCUGCUAAAGCCCCACGUCGACCCAUAUGUAAUGAGUAUUCUCUCCAGUGUUGCUGCUAUCUGUGAGAUUCGCGAAGCCGCAUGUCGGGUGGGUCCCUCCACGAUAGAGGAUAAUCAAGCUAGUGCCAAGUUCGGAGAGACACUACAAGAGCUCUCACAGCUCUGGGAAAAGGUUGAGUUUGGUUCUUUCAGCGACGUAUCAGUGCUACAGGAAUCGACGGCCGGCGACUGGCUUAAAAUGUUCUGGGGCCGCGUCAGUACGGAGUUUGAGAAGCUCAGCGGGAAGACUAUUGAAGCGUGGAUCAUAAACAAGCAGGGACGUAUUGUAGACAGGAGAAAGAAAGGGAAAUGGCAUUGGCAGGGUAAUGUAUGGAUGUCAGAGAAACUAGAAUAUAUCGAAGAAUAUAAGAAGGCAGAGGGGAAAUUACCGGAACUCGUUGGGAUCGCGGAAUGGGACGAUGUGGGCGGGUAUGGGGAGCCGAGCCCUGUGCUUACGAAUGGGGGAAAUUUUUCAAAAAUGAUAGAAACUUCUAAUAAUCAGGGAGAGGGAGGGGAUGCCAAACGCACAACCCCGGGCGCAAAACCAGAUUCAAGUAAGAAAAUAUCAGUAACUAAGCGCAUGUAUAAUUCAAUAAUGCAUUUAUCCAACGGUACUCCGGUGCCGUGGAAAGACUUCGUGCACCUCAUGACGAAUCUAGGAUUCACCAUGGAACAUAAAGGAGGGAACUUGGUUAGAUUAAUUCCAGCUACCAAAUGGGAUGAAGCAAUGGUCGUAAAGAGACCACACCCAGAGACGACGAUGCAGAGCUUGGAGUGUGUAUUUACUUGGACAAGGCUAGAACAGUGUUAUGGGUGGAAGGUUGGGAUAUUUGAGAAGCAUCCGGGUACUACUGAGGUUAAGGUCGUAGGAGGCGCGCCGAGUUGGAACUUCAAUGUUCCCCAGGAAGCCACAUCAAUUGAUCAAUAG